UUUUUUCUUCUUCGCCUCUCCGCGUGUAACUUUCACUUUAAGAUUAACAAUAAACGUGCAUCGAAUAUGUAUUUGCCCCCAAACUGUUUGUGGGAUUAUGUAUGAUGAGACUAAAAGAAGGAAGCGUGCAUUCGGUGUCGUGUGUCACGGUGUUUUAGUACCUGUCUCAGAACAAUGUGACGUCUUUCAAAGCAGUAUUUUGGCUCCACUUAAAAAUGCGUAUUUGUACGAGGAGUCAAAACAAUCUUUCAGGUACAAGUCUGCUGUCUUGGUACAAAAUCCAGCACUUGAAGAAAAGUAUAAUGCUUUCCGAGAAAAGAGAAGAGAAGUAGGUUAUUCAGAGGAGGACCUGAAGGAAUCUUAUGGGUUUUUGCUGUUUGAAGAUACCAACCAGGCGAAUGCACUAAGUGAAAUUGGUGUGCUCCCUGGAAACAGCACAUGUACAACUCUUGGAGAUCCUUCGAAAGGUGUUUACAUAUCAAUGUACUCUGACUGUCUGGAUCUUAACCGCUGGUAUCAUGGGAAGUCUGGAUACGUUGCCAUCAUCAGGCUGACAAAGGGUAGAGUUAAAAGGGUUUUAGAGAACUACACCCAGAACUUCACUGCGCCCACUGUGGGGUUUGACUGUCAUGUGUCCGAACAGUUGCCCUCAGUAUCUUCCAAAACUAGCUCUUUUCUUGCCUUUGAGAGAACUCAGUAUUACAUGUAUGAGCUGCUAGAUGAUGGAAGAAAUGUGACGACUCAAUCUCCCAGCGCUGCCUGUCCUAUUGCCAUUGUGUCAUUUUCAUAUACGGAUACCAAAGCAACACUCGAAGCAUCACAGGAGAAAAGUGAGGAGAAAAAAAUCGUUUGUCAAUACUUUCCGUGGAGGGGUCAGCUUCAAAUAGGCCCGCAGGUCUAUGAGGUUGGGCUGCGAUCUACAGCAGGGGCCUUGAUUCCUGCCGUACUGCCACCCAUUGUUGAAAUACGCAGAGUCAUUUCCAUGUUGAAUCUGCGACAGCUGCUGCCAAGGGCGGUCUUUGAAACCUGCUUUUAUGGAGAAGUCUUUCUGGAUGGCUUAUACUUCAGUCUGUGUGAGUUGGUGUCUUCUGAGGUUGAGGAAACCCACUCUCUCUCUUUACUUCUGCGGGAGAUCAAGGAGAAAGAUCUUGCUCUCACUAUUCAGCUGAAUGAUGGUGGUUUUCUCAUCCUGUUGCACUCCUCCCAUUUCCUCAAAUAUGAUGAUACUGGGUCCAGUGCUACUGAUGUCCUGCAGGGCAUGUUUGUGUUUCCAAACUCACAAGUCAUACAGAGAGACACUAAAUUUCGAGAGAGAAAGUUUGCCAUGUCAUCUGAAAUCCGGCAGGUUCUACCAGUGCUAAGUUAUGCAGAGGCCGAAGUUGAGAAAACACCUUUUGACCCAAGUGAAGAAUUCUGUGAAGUCUUGGCGCAGCAUAUGCAGACUUACGCAGCACUGAUCAAUCCUGGGUUGGCAUCAAGUCCCACAAGAGAAGUCAGCAUCUUUCCUGAUCAGUAUGAUGUGCCGGAUGCUCACAAGCACCUCUACUCAUCUCCGGAGUGGACUAACAAGGCAUGGCAGAGCUUCAGGUCAUACCUGAACAAACCAGACUCUUUUCAACUGCCAGUGUCCAAGGCUUCAGAAAUCCUGGCAGCUGGACAAGAGGAGAGAAUGGAAGACCUUGAUGAUGAUGUCUACAUCUGUCUCUCAUCUCCUGAGGAGCAACCAGACAAAUCUGUUAGCAUGGAGUCAGAAGACCAGUUGACAGUCCAGAUAUCUCCUGUAAACAGUGAAACACCUGUGGACAGUUGUAUAACAAACACAGAAUCACAAGUUGACUUCAUAACUGUGCCACAAAAUGUUGUACCAGAUGAUGUGCAAGUUGGAGAUACAAGCAAAGACACUGCCAAAUCUGAGCUGAGCGUGCUAAAUAAAACUGAUGACAUGGGGGCAAAAAAUCUCCUGACUCCUUCUACAUCAGAUGACCUUCCUGCAGAGCUGAUUGUCAGCAUUACUUCAGCAGAGCAAACUAUCACUAAUGAGGGUUUAAGUAUGAUUAGUACUGUGUCUGCCACAAAGCAAAAUUACUUUCAGCUUUCUGUUUUUUCAACAGCCAAAUUACAAACAGAAGAAGUGAACUGUCGGAAGGAGGUGAAUGUUGCACCCAAAAAGUUUUUGGAUUGUCCCGGGUUCACAAAAAACAAACGGAGGGGACGCAGGGGACAUUACAAAAGUCGGAAGAAGGUAUCUAAAGCUUGCGUUGAAACUCCCAGUUUACAAAUACCAGUGGAGGAUGACAACUUGAAGAGUCGGAAGGAAUUCCGGGCAAAGGGAUCAUCAGGCCACCCUAAGUUCAGUCCUCCUUCCAAUGUUGAUCGAAGGAAAGUACAAAUGCGAAUGUGCAAAUUUAGACAACUAUCAAUAAAUGAAAAGGUAAACUCGGCUUCUAUUGGAUUAGCAGUACCAGAUGAGAAAAAAACAGACCCUGGACAGCAGAGCUUGGAAAGCACAAUUUCUAUGGACAUUGAAGCUUAUCCUCUGAGGAAGAAAACGGAGCGCUGGGACUUAAAGCCGGUCAUCAGCGAAUGUGGAAGAAUUUUGGUUCCUCAUGGCUCUGUAGAUUUUGCUGAUCAGAUUAAGUUUUUAAAGGAUAAACUUCAAUCUACAAAAGAUGAACAGUGUCUUGAAAAAAUGUUGAUUGAUACCUUUGUGAAUGACUCGGAUGAAAUAGUGCAAGAGUCCGAUCCUACUCAGGAGACAGCAGUGGGCAAAACAGAGGCCACAACAUCCAAGGAUGGAGGGAACCAUCUUCAACGUGUUGUCAACAAUGUUAUUCCUGGACACAGCAUUUUAGUACCGUCAGAUGAUGGCAAGGGUUCAUUGAUUUUGAAUUCAGAGAGUAGUGAGCAUUUUUCAAGGACUGAUGGCACAGCAACUCCUCCCUCGGAAGCAGUUAAAGAAAAACACACUGAUACCCUCUCCCCGGGAAAGAUUGCAAAAAAGGGUGAAUUUCUGUUGAGUAAAUUAAAAUCAGUUCUUCUACGAGGAAAGAGAAAAACUGAUCUCCUCGUCUCAGAGGAAACGACUGCAGAUACUGCCCAAGACACUGAACCCUGUCUCAAGAAGGGCAAAGUUGACUUACAAGCUAGGAACCUGAAGAGUAAUUAUACAAUUACAAGUGUCCAGGAUACCAAUGUGUGUGUCAAGGAAGUUUCAAAGAUGCUUUCAGUUGACCCUAUUUUUGCAUAUGCAUUAGGACUGACCCCUAGAGAGACAGUAGAUAAGAUACCGAAAACCGACGGUCGAGAUAUUCAACAAGAGCAAACUGUUUUAGACAAACAACUUCAAAUCAUACACAGGCCUCCACCAAUCUUUCCGCGAAGGGGAAGGAUUAAAACGCUCAAAAAGCAUCAAGGCAUCUCUACGGAAUAUGUUAAACAGAAAUGGUGGUUGCAUUUUCAAACCCCAACUUGUAUUGCCAGUGAAAAACACAAAUUCAAAGAGUGUACUAGGGCUAAUUCUGUCAGGAAGACUGUUAAGAAAAAAAUUAACAGUGCUUGCUCAUCUACAGAUGCUUUGAGCUUACUUGCUGACUUGGCACUCAGUGCCAAUAAUGACCAGGUUCCACCACAACCAGACCCAGCACUUGAAAGAAAAACUGAGACAAGUUUGAAGAAGUGUGACCUUUCGAAAGAUCAUACCAGUGCUGAGCAAGAGUCAGUUCUUCAUUCUCUGCUUAGACAGCCUGCUGCUAGACCCAUGCGGCCUCUUGAGUCUACUUCACCAAACCAUCUUGUGGAAGUCAGUGAAUGGGUUGGUUUGGUAUCUAAAGAACAUGCUUACUCAUUGCCCCCGUCUUCCUCUCUACUGUUGGGUUUGCCAGGUACACCUUUCCAGGUAUCCCCUUUAAGUGGUUCUACUAGACUGCUGCGCCAUCACCAUACAAUGUAUGGCAAUGAAAUUAAAACUCUACCUCCUUCUGUCGGAAAGGAAGACAGUAGUGAACAAAACCACAGAACUCCAGAAUACCUGAAAAAACACUUGGUGCGCAGAAGAAAGUUCAGACACUCCCGCACCUUUGUUAACAAGGAUGGAUCUAUCCAAGUCACAAAGCAAUGGAAAGAAAACUAUGACUUUGAUCUGGACAGCAAGUUUUCAAAUGACUCUAAGGAUAGAACUAUCGUCCGAGCUUUACAUGGCCCUUGGGAUUUCUCCAUGCAAGACACCAGUGAAGAGGUGCGGCUCAUCGUCCACAUGUGGAUAGGUCUGUUCUACAGCCGGUCAACAUCCAGGUUCUUUAAUCUUGACUCAUCCCCAUUUUCAGAAGAGAGUGAUUCUUUGUCCAUUGAAAUGGCAUCGGCUCAAGCUCCGUUUGAGCUCAAGGCCAAUUCAUUUGCACCUUUCCCGAGUAUUACAGACACUUCGAUUUCAAAGAUUUUGGACUUCAGCAAAAAAGAAGACUCUAUGUUGGACCAAGGAUCGGGGAUUUUGGAUUUGUCACUAAGAAACACCAAUGCAGAGAUUGUCAGUCCAGAUCCACAAGCAAAAAGAAAAGAGACUUUUGCGUCCAUUGAUCGGAAAGAAGCAAGUGAAAUAUUAAACGCACUCAAGUCAUCUGUGGGACCACAGGAGGCAAAUGCAAUACAGCAUACAAGGCAUUACCACAAGGCAAGCCCCCUGGAUGACAUCAGCCAAGGAGAGUCAAGCUUCUAUCCAGGACCUGAGAGAUGUGCCCAACUAUGUAUAGUUGGUGCUAUUCUGCCUCAACCCCUUCCACCAAAGCAUUCCAAAAAGAUGGUACACUCCACAGAGAUCAUAAAUGAGGUGAAUGAUGUCAGAAGGGCCUAUGAAAAUAAGAGGACUUGUACCCCAUUGGAAAAAGCUGGGAGUCUGGAGCACACCGAUGUAUCAUCUUGUAAAGGGGAUGAAACGAUUAUUUCUGUACAAGAAGAAAUGGAAAAGGUGUCCGUUCAGCCAGAAAAUAAUGAAACAGCGUCAGGAAUUAGCUAUGUGUUACAUGGAUACAACAAUAAGAAGACGGAUAUGAAAGAUGGGAUAGAAAAUUCAGAAGCGACAGAGAUGAGUUUAGUACAAAAACAUGAAAAGGAUUCAGCCAAAUCUGUAACAGACGAAGAGGUAGACUCCAACAGAGAAGCAGGUGAUGUGCUUCAUACAGUUGAGCAUGAUGAAACUGAAUCCAAAGAUGGGGAAAACUUGGAAGUGAAAGAAAAAGAUGGGCGUCUGGAGCAUACCGAUGUACCAUCUUGUAAAGAGGAUGAAACGAUCAUUUCUGUACGAGAAGAAAUGGAAAAGGUGUCCGUUCAGCAAGAAAAUAAUCAAAUGGCUUCAGGAAUUAGCCAUGUGUUACAUGGAUACAACAAUAAGAAGACGGAUAUGAAAGAUGGGAUCGAAAAUUCAGAAGCUACAGAGAUGAGUUUAGUACAAACAAAUGAAAAGGAUUCAUCCAAAUCUGUAACAGACGAAGAGGUAGACUCCAACAGAGAAGUAGGUGAUGUGCUUCAUACAGUUGAGCAUGCUGAAACUGAAUCCAAAGAUGGGGAAAACUGGGACGUGAAAGAAAAAGCUGGGAGUCUGGAGCACACCGAUGUACCAUCUUGUAAAGGGGAUGAAACAAUCAUUUGUGUACGAGAAGAAAUGGAAAAGGUGUCCGUUCAGCAAGAAAAUAAUCAAACGGCUUCAGGAAUUAGCCAUGUGUUACAUGGAUACAACAAUAAGAAGAUGGAUACGAAAGAUGGGAUAGAAAAUUCAGAAGCGACAGAGAUGAGUUUAGUACAAAAACAUGAAAAGGAUUCAUCCAAAUCUGUAACAGACGAAGAGGUAGACUCCAACAGAGAAGUAGGUGAUGUGCUUCAUACAGUUGAGCAUGCUGAAACUGAAUCCAAAGAUGGGGAAAACUGGGACGUGAAAGAAAAAGCUGGGAGUCUGGAGCACACCGAUGUACCAUCUUGUAAAGGGGAUGAAACAAUCAUUUGUGUACGAGAAGAAAUGGAAAAGGUGUCCGUUCAGCAAGAAAAUAAUCAAACGGCUUCAGGAAUUAGCCAUGUGUUACAUGGAUACAACAAUAAGAAGAUGGAUACGAAAGAUGGGAUAGAAAAUUCAGAAGCGACAGAGAUUAGUUUAGUACAAAAACAUGAAAAGCAUUCAUCCAAAUCUGUAACAGACAAAGAGGUAGACUCCAACAGAGAAACAGUUGAUGUGCUUCAUACAGUUGAGCAUGAUGAAACUGAAUCCAAAGAUGGGGAAAACUGGGAAGUGAAACAAAAGCCAUAUCAAGAAGGCAAUGUAAAACAGUCUCCAGAAGUGAUUCAUGCAAAUGAGGAUCCAACAAACGAAGAAUUGGGUGUUGUGUGCAAUGGAAAUGUUUUGGAAAAUGAGAAUCAGUUACCUACAGAGGAGCUGAAAGCAGUUUCACCAGACAAGACUGAAAAUGUAAAUGACGAUGUGGAAGUGAUGAAAGCUGAAGAUCACAUUGGAAAAGAAGAUCGACUUUGUGAGAAAGACAGUUGUGUUUCACCUGUGCAAACUGACAGGGAUUUGAGUGAACAACCAGUACCUAUGAUGUUUGAUGGCCCAGACUCGGUAAAGAUGGAUUGCAUCACGGAAAGUAAUCCAGAACCACCAUUGGAUGAGCAACCACCUCAAGCUGACAACAAAGAAGGUGCUUGCAAUGCUUUGCAGUUAAGAAACCUGUGUGCAAACGGUAGUGCAAAUGACCAUGCCAUUUCAGAAAAAUGUACUCAUGCUCCAUCAAAAAUGAAUCCUUUUUCGGAAGAACCUGCAGUUGAGAAUCGUUUAGAAAAGGAUAUUUAUUUAGCAGAUAAGGUACAUUAUCAGAAGCUAGAAUUACCCAUGUCUGAUGACAACAAGUGCAAAGAUGGGCCUAUUCCCCAGACAAAUGACAAAGUAAUGCCAAACUUCAAUUGGAGUGGUGAUGAUGAUGAAGAUCUGGAUACCAAAUCAAUUAAAGGAGAGCAAGAAGCUGAUAACACAACUGAAAAAAAUGUAUUUCAUCAUCAGGCUCAUUCCCCUCAGUGUGAAGCUGAAGAGGAACUGACUAAAGAAACAGAUCUCAAACAGAUCGAUAAAACAAAUGAGGCAUUGGAAAAGAUCCAUAGUAUGGUUGUAAUUCCCUUUAUUGGAAUAGACACCUCUGGGGAGGAUACAGUACAACCACACGAUUCACACUCACAAAGUAAGGUUGAAGAAGUUGUUCAAGACCAGGAUGAAAUACCAUUCAUCAGUGAAACUACCUCCCAUGAAACUGACCUACCUACAGGAGUAUGCAGUGAAUCUAAAAUGGACGCUCAGAAGGCAGAACUGUCUGUUGGCAAAAUAUUACUAUCAGUUAUUGAUGUUAGUAAUACGAACCAUCCGGGAACUGAGUCUGACGACCAGUGCGCCACCCCUACUAUGGAUGAAAAACCAUAUGUGUACUUAACUUGCUCUGCUUCUCCUCUGACUCAGAAACGUCUUAGCAGAGGCUCAACAUCCAUGAAGGAUGAGAUGUCUCACAGGUCUACAGUUAACUGUGACGCUAACCCUCAUCACAAUCUUCAUCCUGAUCUUGAACUAAGAACUCUAAGAGUUCUACAAAGUAUAGACAAGUUCCUCUCCAAAUCAAGCCACAGUGACACAUCCAGCCAGAUAGAAACCGCUGAUAUGAAACGCACUCUUGAUGAAACCGCUAAACCCAGAAGCAAGAACAUCACAUCUUGCUUUUCCCCAAGCCAUACCUCAUUUAACUCUAAUGACAAGAUAAUGAGCAAUACAGCACCAGCUGUGGUGUCGGCCUCUACUUCACAAGAAAUUAACACAGAAUCCGCAGAUCCCUUUCCUCUAUCCCCGUUCAAAAGUAAAUUAGAGGAAGUACUUGGUGUUAAGUUGCUGCUACUGAAAACUGAAUCAUCAGUUCAAGACUACUUUGAAAGAACAGAUACGAUACAGGAAACCUCCCCAGGGCAAGAAUAUGGUCAACCCUACAUAUCUGGUCCUUCUACUGAGAGUAUGCAAGCUAUCAACCUAAAUGUUGACCAAGAUAUACAUACAACUACAUCACAGAAACAUUUAAAUCAACAACCACGUUCAUACAGUCAGCGUCCUGUCAUGGCAGUGAAACCAUGUCAGAGUGAUGAAAAUCAAGGCAUCUCUAUAGACAGACAAAUUGAAAACGCUGUAAUGUCACAUUUCUCCAAAGAUAAGCAGACUGAAACCCCUAAAGUCACAUACACCAUACCCACUACCAUGCUCUUGGUGAAAAACACAGAAAGUCCCAAGAGAACUUCUGAAGGAGUAAAUGAGGUCAAGCAAGAGGCCAGUGAGCUUUCUACAAAGAGCAGUUGGUUAUCAAAUGUUAGUGACAGUAAGUCACAAGACAUUUCAAAACUUAACAAAAUACCCUCAUCUCUACCUGGGCAGUCUUUUAAAUCGGCAAACGGUUCCUAUAAAUUCAAUGAUGGAAACCAAGGUUCAGUUGAGAAAGUUGGGCAAACAAUUAAAAAGAGCAUUCAGAUGAUUCAGAAAGACUGCUCUGAUGCAUCAACUUCACAUGCAGAUAAACAUGAUGGUGCCAUAAUAGAUGACAGUCUUUUCCUGGGACCUCAAAGCUCACUCAUUUGUACGGUCUAUAACACCACCCGGAAGAGAUCUCAUUCUUUUCUGGAGCAGGUUUCUCAGAGGUGCAUACAAGAUGACCUCACCGAGGCGUCGAUGGAGCAGGAGUGCCUUAUCUUCUCAGAAAAAAUGAAACAUCUUCUGAAAAGGAGUAAAAGGGGACCACUCAGUCAACUAGACAUGCAUGACAAACUGAAUUUGUCUUGCGCCAGUCCUGUAACUGUGCACUUUUGCAGUUUAGAGGAGCAGGAGGAUUCAGUGGAUCAAUUAAACACACAUUUGAACACACGGUCACUUGUUGGACAGAAAAUCAAGGUGCACAUGCCUGAGAGGAAAGACCUGACUGAGAAAGAAAAGACUUUGCGUCUUCAAAACAUUUCUCCAGGAACAGGGAACCCAAUGGAACAUGCUGGAGUUUCUGGUGUGACUUCAGAGUGUGCCAGUAUGUACAGGGCAAUGAUGACUGAUGUUUGUGCUGUCAAAAAGGUACCAUCUAGACCUCAGCACUUCAGAAUGGAUAGAGGUUACCCAAAGACUGAACCUGGUAACCAUUUUGACUUCUAUGAUCAAAUGAAGAAAGAGCUGGACAAAAGUUUUCGCAGUAACCUGAAUUCAGUUGUGAAGAAGUCCUGUAAAACAAAGUACAGAUUCUACAUAUUAGUGACGUCAGAUGAUGCCUUCUUUGAGGAAACCAAGGCACAGUUGGAGGCUGAGGGCCACACUGCUGUACAGCCAUUCCAGUUCUUCCUUGCUGAGGAAAGUUCUUCAUCUCUACUCAUCAUCCUCAGGAAUGAAGACAUUGCAGAGCACAUUUGUGAGGUCCCACAUUUGCUCAAGCUGAAGACAUCACCAGGUGUGCAGUUUGCUGGAAUUGACGAACCGGAUGAUGUUGUGAACCUCACCCACCAGGAGCUCUUCACGAGGGGUGGCUUUAUAAUGUUCGACAGGGCAGCACUGGAGCCCCUCAGCCUUUGCACCAUGAAAAAAAUGUCAGAAAUCUUGCAAGAGUUCAGCGGAACGGGGAAGUGGAAGUGGAUGAUGCACUACGGAGACAGCCGUCGGCUGAAAGAAAAUGCGAGGUUAAGUGUAGAGGCGAAGGAGAAGAAGCACUUCCUCAACUUUUGCCUUGAAGCUGGACUAUUGGAGGUCUUGCCUUAUCAUGAGUGUGACCUCAUGUCAAGAGAUCUGCCCGACUAUCUCACGUGUUUGGUCCGUUUGCAGGUCCAGAAUAUAUCGGCCCGUUACCCUGUUUUUAUAACCGAUGCAACAACAGACAGCGCAUUUGGAAAGAAUGGAAUUUUAACGAUGACUUUACAAUCUUUCCUGACGUAUUCUCCAAGCGAAACAUUUACCGUCUGACCUCCACAAAGUCAGAUAACACUCAAGCUUUGCAAAAACGCAACAAUGAAAAACUCACUGGAUGUGAGAAGAAACCUUAAACCUGCCAUUGUAUGGUGAUUUCAAACAUACUACAUUGUAUGUAGCAAUAAUUCUUGACUUGUUUUGUUUCAUGUGUCCACUAAGUUAUCAUUUAGUUCCUGGAUAGUGACACAAAUGCCAAUAUACAGGCAGGUGUACUGUAUAUAAUGUAUGCAUUUUGUAAUAUAUUUUGUAUUGUUUUUUUACAGUUCAUACUUGGUGUUCUUUACAAUCUUGAUUUCUUACAUUUGCAGCACAAUCAUUAUUACUGUUUGUUGUAGGUACAGUUUGACAGCAAAGCUAAAUCAGGCUGUUUUCAAAUGGUGUAUGUUUUAUAUAUUUUAGUAUAAUACUGUUAACUGUUUCAGGUUCCUGAUAGUGACCCUUAACUACAGAGUGUUGAUAAGGAGCAUCAUUACUAAGAAAUAAAUAUUUAUAUUUCACGACUCAAGCAAUUUGACUGAGAAUAAAGAUGUUUCUUUAAUUGUUUUGCUUUUAAGAAAUCCCCCAGGCUGAGUCUGACGAUGCAUAGACCACCCUAACUGAAAAAAGACAUAUGACAAUGUUAACAAUGGAAGGAUGAAAUGGCCUGCUCCUCAAAGAGCAAAUUAACUGUCUUUAAGAUGUGUGUGUAGGCAAAUUAAAACACUCAAACUUG